AUGUGGUACUGUUCCGACUUAUCCGGAACGUAUUUUCGAGCACCGCUAGCUGUUGUGAAUUUUUUUCGAAAAUGGCUAAUUUCAUGUAGAAUUCCUUGUGACCUAAACUAUUCGUGCAUACCACACCAUUGUUCCUAUGCUAACAGACCUGCUGCAAAUGUACACACCCAAACUUCUCCGGCACAUCAAGCAACCGCUGCAGAGAUUGGUCCGGAUAAGUACGAUUCGCAUUCGACUCCCGUGGAUGUGGGUCGUUGGAGUCGCACCGAUAGCCAUUUGGCCUCGGAAAUCGAUUUCAGUCUGACCGCCCCCAACACAUUCAGUGAUGGUCUGUGGUUAAUUGAUCGAUCCGAAGGCGAAGUCCCCUGUCCAAUUGCACCUGAAGCGUAUGAACGCAUGACAAACAAUGCGGACCUGUGCUUGCGGACCACAGCAUCUCAUUUGUCAGCGUCACUGACAAGCGGGAUGGAUGACGACGAGCAGGCCUCAGGCACCAGUCGACUCAGCGAUGGUGAAUUUCCACCGCCCAAACCCACCACCUCCUCUCGACCCGGACCAACAAAUAAUCCCUUGCUCGAGUUGAUGGCACUUCAACAGUCCACCUAUUUCCACGGAUCGAGUCUGACCAAUCACGAACGUGAUCAGGUGCAACGCAUCGCUUCCGAUCUUCGUAAAGCUCAUAAACAAGCUCACCAAUUCGAUUGGCUCAUCAGUCUCUCCGGACUGGGAGACCGUAUACCAUCCAGGAAUAUGUCCAACCCAAUCAGUUCGUGUUCGGUCAAAUCCACCGAUUCGGAUGGUCACCUUUCGAUGGAGAACCAAAAAGAACAGAUGGUUGAACACACUGGACCGCGUUUAACCGUGCGAUCAGAUGAAUCGGGCUCAUCCAGAGAAUCGUUAUCGGUUGGAGAAAAUCCUUCGAUAGAAGAUUCAGGGAAACCUGCAGCGUCACCGGAAGCCCCAGAUCAACAUAAACAGUCUCCAACGGACACGUUGGAAAUGGUGCAUGCGGUGGACUCAGACGCCUCGACGUUGAAUGACCCUGUUUACGAGGAUGACUAUGUCACCGACUCAACUGCAUGA